UGCUUUGUUGCUUAGAAAACAACAACUGGCCACUGAGUAUAACCGAAAACAAGUUCUCCGACAGCGCUUUGCGGAAUGGCAGCGUUGGCAUCGCGCAGAGAUCCUAAAGAGAGAGCUAACUCUAGCAAAGGAAGAAACCAGAAAAAUGAAUGAGCUGCUGAAGGCAGCAUCACUGGGGAAACUCAGUGCAAGUGGGUCAUCGGGCUUCUGUAUACUUGAGGAGGCAACAUCCACAGUGGAUCCACCUAUAAGAAAUGGAGAGGUGACUGCCAUGUCCCAUUUGUGGGAAAAGCCUCCAUCAGAAUGCAAUGAUUUUAUGCUCAGCCCCCCAUUGGGACGACCAACAAAGAGCAGCAUACAGGUUCCCCUCCAAAAUGUCCCUCAGAACACAUCUGACAAUAAGCAGCACAAGACCCUGGAUGUUGAGCCCUCCCAACAGCCUGGCGGCAGUGAGAAACUCAGAACUACCAGUCAGAAAUCAGAACCUAUUUGCAUGGGUCAUUUCCACAAUCGCCAUAUCUUCCAGCAACAGCUGAUUGAAAAACAAAAGAAGAAACUUCAGGAACAACAGAAAACAAUUCUGGAAUUGAAGGAAAGCCAGCGGUUGGCAGAGGCUCGGUGGGCAGCUGAGCGUGCUGCAUCAGUCACAGAGGCACAGGGCCGCCUAUUAUCAAACCCCAGAGAAGAAGAACCAAAAAGAACCCCUCAAUUACUUCCAAAUUCGCCUGUUACUUCCCCUGGGACUGAAGGCAGUGGAAGUGACUCCCGAAAUUCUCUUUCUGGAUCCAGAAGGAACCCAAGGCAGCUGAUGGCACCCCAUUCCAUACUGAAAGCCAUGGAAGAGAGAGCAGCUCAGCGAGCUGAACGUAGGCGGAUCUUGGCAGAGAGGAAGAAAAAACAAGAAGAGGAGAAAUUGGCCCAGUUAAAAGCCCUAGAAGAAGAGCGUCAGAAAAGGGAGGCAGAAGAAAAGGAAGCUCAACUUGAGAAAAAGCGACAAGAGAAGAAACUGAAGAAAAUGAAAGAACUAGAGAAGCAGAAGAGAAUUAAGAGAAACCAGCAGAUGGAAGCAAUAGCCAAAGAACAUUAUGAAAGGGUCUUGCUAAGAAAAAAUGGUCUGGAGCCUUGGAAGAGAUUGAGAAUACAAAGCAAGCAAAACAUGCAGGUACAGUGUCAUACUCUUGCCCCCACCCCCCCAAAUUAGAAAAUGGACUUUUCAAAUAGGAUAAA